CCUCAUGCGAGUCAGCAAGCAAUCUAAUUUUGUUCCGUAAAUCAUAAAAUCUCGUGAAAUCUAAAUAUUUAAAAGUUUCUUCCAUACUUUCUAAAUAGUGCUAUAAAAAGUAUUACUUCUCCAAAAUUAAAUCAAUUUAAUCAUCCAUUCUUCCGGAACAAUCAAACAUUCAGUAAAUAUUAUUCCAGAAAGUUACCUACAAGAAAUUUGCAACUCUAAUAAAUGGAGUCCCAUUUAUACGCCGAGGCAGAAGAGCAGUCUUCGAAUGUUCGAAAAAUGCGAAGGGUCACUAAAACCUGGCAGAUUGGUAAGAAGUCUUCCGCCGAGCGUGACGCCUGGAUCGAUAAUGAGAUCAGGGUUGCUUAUCAAAUUUAUCGAGACAGAUGCACGCCGAUUUUCUCACACAUUAAGAAUCUCCGACGUCGUGUCACCAAUACUACCAAUGGGGAUGAAUUGGAGGCGCGUGAAGAAAUUUCGGAUAACUCUACGACCCCGCCAAGUACAUCGACAUCGGCACGACAACCUCACAUUGGGGACGAUUCCAUGGAGCAAAUUCCGACCGAAGGACCACCUGAAAUUGACGAUGCGGAAAUGAAUCUUAUAACUUCCGUCUUCGAGAGAAAUGCCAGCAAAAUGCGUAAAACGUCAGGCACGCAAAACUGGAUGAAAACCAGAACUGCGAGAUGGAUAGCGUUACACGAGAGCCCGGGGGCAAACUGAGAAAAAAAAAUAUUUGCAUGAUGCACUAGGAUAUAUAUUUCUGCAAUAAAUUUAAUAUUAGUGUUGUUUUCGAAUUUUAAAAAGUUGAUCAUUACUUUUCUCUAUAAUAUAAAAUUUAAAUAAGAUAAUCCAAAAAAUAUUAAAUUAAUGUUAUGGGUUUUACGAGUUUAUAUGGUUCAAAAUUUCGUUUUAAUUUAUCCAUGUACAUACA